AUGCCGGUUAUCAGCAGUCCUCUGCCCACGCUGACAGCGCUGAUGAUCAGUGCCCUGAUGAUCAGUAUAGCCCCAUCAGUGCCACCUGUCAGUGUCCAUCAAUGCCACAUACCAGUGACCAUCAGUGCACGUCAAUGCCACAUAUCCGUGCCUACCAGUGCACGUGAAAAUCACAUAUCCAUGCCUACCAGUGCACGUGAAAACCACAUAUCAAUGCCCAUUAGAGCUGCCUAUCAGUGCCACCUAACAGUUCCAGUCAGUAUCACCUAUCAGUGCCAUAUAUGAGUGCUGCCUUUCAGUGCCCAUCUGUGAUGCCUGUCAAUGCCCAUCAGUGCCACCUAUCAGUGCCCAUCACUGC